AGUCCGUUAUUCAUAUCGGGCAGGCUGUGUUAUUGAAUAGACGCGAUAGAAUCUUGUUAUCGAGUCAUUCAAUCACAAAAAUAAAGGGUCGUGGGUCGCGCGGCAGGUGAAAAUCAAUGCUGAGUCGAGCACCCCAGCCUUGCCUCCCGGAUCCUGUCAACCACCAUCCAUCCUCCCCUUUCUGCCAAAAGAAUAACUCUACCCUCCUCACCAAGACACAUCUUCCCAGCUUUCUUCUCUGUUACUCCAUCGCCUUUACAUGUCUGCGACCGACGGCAACUUCUUCGGUCUCUACGCCUCAUUGGCCAGUCGCCUUGACCUAGACCUCGUCAAAAAAGAAUUGGCCUCUGCGCCUUCUGCCAUGUUUUCGACGCACCCUUACGCUGCUUCGGACGAAGCUUUCGACCAGAUGAAGGCCAGCAGCAGCAACAACAACUACGGCGUCGCCGACAAGGCUUCUGCCAUCCCCUUCGACUCUCCUCUGGACCAGUCGAUGGGUAGCCCCGCUUCCUCGCGCGACUUCGGCUCGCCCACCUUUCAGGACCUCGACUUUGACUUUUCAGGAGUCGCAGACGCUCCUCUGUUUCCCUGCAAUGGAACUCAGGAGGAGAGCCACAACAACGGAUGGCUCUCAGGCAUCCCUCUCUUUGGCGAUGAGCUCGUCGCUCAGCCUCGCCUGAGCCAGAGCCAGAGCCAGCAGGCCCAGACGUCGUUCCCUACCGCUUCUCAGCAGCAGCGAGAGCUCGCCAAGUACGACUUCUCCUUCGACUCUGCCCUCCGCCAGGAGCAGCAGCACCAGGCCAAGGUUGACGACACCUUCGCCACCCUCAAUGCCCGCGCGCCCUCUGAGCCUCGCUCCGACAUGCGCUCUGCCUCGCCCGACACCCAGCCGGCAUUCGACCAGUCCUACACUGUCGAGGCCAACAAGCUCGUGCGCGAGUUUGCUCGCUCCAAGAACAUCAGCGAGCUCGACAUGCUCAUCCGUGCUCUCAAGGUCGCUGGCAUCAACGUGAGCGACGACGCUGUCCUCGAGGCCAUGGCCAGUGCCAGCGUUUCUACCUCGCCUGUCUCUUCGCCUUCGGCUAGCCAGGCCAGCAGCCAGUCGUCGACGAGCAGCCCUCCUGUCAGCCCUGUCGUGCUGCCCACCGCCGUCGCCGCCGUCAGACGCGCCGAGAGCACGAGCCUGUUCACGGACAGCAAGACUCGCUCCUCCAUCCAGGCCUCCGCCAAGCGUCAGACCGUCGGGGAGAGCGGACUCCAGGGCAAGCGCUUCGUCUGCGAUUCGUGCGGCAAGACGUUUGACCGUCACUUCAACCUGCGUACGCACGCCAUGACCCACAUCAAGCCCGAGGACCGCGAACGGCCCUUCGUUUGCCCAUGGGGCUCCUGCGCAAAGCCCUUCAGCCGCAAGUACGAUGCUGAGCGCCACUAUCGCUCCAUCCACGUCAAGAAGGGCGAGCUUGCCACUCGCGCCGAGAUCGAGGAGGCUCUCAGCGGCCGCCACGACCACCAGCACGAUAGCGUCAAUGUCACGGUCGAGAAGGCCAAUGGCUAAGACGCUAUUGUGUCUCCUUAUUUUGCGGAUUUCACGGUGAGCUUCUUCUUACUUCUUCUUGUAUCAACUUUUUCUCACCCCGUCUCGACCUGUCCGGCACCUCAGUAUAACUCACCACUCAAAGUACACUCGCAUGAGUCGCACCCGGAGGCUUCCAUCGCCCCAUCGCGACCCAAU